GAAAAGAUAAUCGAGUCACAGCGAGAACAUUCCAGAGGUCGCCAGGCCCCGGGCGCUGAAGGGUGUGGACCCCGGACGUCGCUGGGACAGCCCCUCCCCGCUGCUCGGCGGCGCCUGGCCCGGCCGCUGCUCGCUGCGCUGCCUCCGCCGCCUCCACCGCCGCUCCUCGGACUCGGGUUCGCGCGCGCCUCACUUCAUCCCAGUCCCGGGCGAGCAGCGUUGGGUUUAUGUCUUUAUUUGACGAAAACGAGCUGUUGCGCAGCCAUUGGUACCUGUAUUGGGGAAACAUAGCAUACAAGCAAGAAGCUUACAGCCUCAGUGGCGAAAAAUUUUUCAUGUCAGAGACCGAGAACUCUUGCAGUUGUUUAUGUCAUCCCUUCUUCUCCAGACAGAGGAUACCAAAAAGUUGCAAUCAAAGAUCUCUUCAUCUUAUUGAUAAAGCCACUAAUAAGCCAAAAUGUCUGUCAACGUCAACCGCAGCGUGUCAGACCAGUUCUAUCGCUACAAGAUGCCCCGUCUGAUUGCCAAGGUUGAGGGCAAAGGAAAUGGAAUCAAGACAGUUAUAGUCAACAUGGUUGACGUAGCCAAAGCGCUUAAUCGGCCUCCAACGUAUCCCACCAAAUAUUUUGGUUGUGAACUGGGAGCACAGACCCAGUUUGAUGUUAAGAAUGACCGUUACAUUGUCAAUGGAUCUCAUGAGGCGAAUAAGCUGCAAGACAUGUUGGAUGGAUUCAUUAAAAAAUUUGUUCUUUGUCCUGAGUGUGAGAAUCCUGAAACGGAUCUGCAUGUCAAUCCAAAGAAACAAACAAUAGGUAAUUCUUGUAAAGCCUGUGGCUAUCGAGGCAUGCUUGACACACAUCAUAAACUCUGCACAUUCAUUCUCAAAAACCCACCUGAGAAUAGUGACAGUGGUACAGGAAAGAAAGAGAAGGAAAAGAAAAAUAGAAAGGGCAAAGACAAGGAAAAUGGUUCCAUGUCCAGCAGUGAGACACCACCACCACCACCACCACCACCACCCAGUGAAAUCAGUCCUCCGCAUGCUGUGGAAGAAGAGGAAGAUGAUGAUUGGGGGGAGGAUACAACAGAGGAAGCUCAAAGGCGAAGAAUGGACGAAAUCAGUGACCACGCGAAAGUUUUAACCCUCAGUGAUGAUUUAGAAAGGACUGUUGAAGAGCGUGUCAAUAUCCUGUUUGAUUUUGUUAAGAAAAAGAAAGAAGAGGGUGUUAUUGACUCAUCUGACAAAGAAAUUGUAGCUGAAGCAGAAAGACUGGAUGUAAAAGCCAUGGGCCCUCUUGUUUUGACUGAAGUUCUUUUUAAUGAGAAAAUUAGAGAGCAAAUUAAGAAAUACAGGCGCCAUUUCUUACGAUUUUGUCACAACAACAAAAAAGCUCAACGGUACCUUCUUCAUGGCUUGGAGUGUGUGGUAGCAAUGCAUCAAGCUCAGCUCAUCUCCAAGAUUCCACAUAUCUUGAAGGAGAUGUAUGAUGCAGACCUUUUGGAGGAAGAAGUCAUCAUUAGCUGGUCAGAAAAGGCCUCUAAGAAAUAUGUCUCAAAAGAACUUGCCAAAGAGAUUCGUGUCAAAGCGGAACCUUUUAUAAAAUGGUUGAAGGAAGCAGAGGAAGAAUCUUCCGGUGGUGAAGAUGAUGAUGAAGAUGAGAACAUUGAGGUGGUGUAUUCAAAGACUGCCAGUGUACCGAAAGUUGAAGCUGUAAAGUCUGACAACAAGGACGAUGACAUUGAUAUUGAUGCCAUUUAAAGGGGUGGGUGCAGCCCAGCUUAACAGUGUAAUGCUGAGAAUCUUUCUGCAUCAUCAGCCAGAAGUGCAACGUGUAUGUGCAAAAGCUAAAAUGGCUUAACGUCAUGCUACACUUUCUACUAAAAAUGUAUUGCUGUGAGUGGUCUGUAUUUAAACCCAACAAGACAUCUAGGGAGUCCAUACACAUAUCAGUGAGCAGAUGUAGUUUGCUUAUUUACAGCAUGUUUCUUUUUGAAAAUUUAGUGGUGGACACAUUUGGGUCACAUUUAUACAGUUAUAAAAAUAAAGAUUUGAUUUUGGUCGUUCUUCA